AUGCAGUGGUGGCGCACGAAUGGGAAGGUCGUGUGCGGCGCGUGGAUAGGCGUCGAGUGCGACACCAAGGGGAACGUCGUCUCCGUCACGGCUUACAACGUGAUUACCAUACCGGGUCUCCUCCCCAGCAGCUUCUCCAAGCUCAAAACCCUAACCUACCUCGAUCUCUCCUCCAACCGCCUCAAUGCGUCACUAGACCAAUUCGCCCGGCCUCUGCUGCACCUCCCGAACCUCCGCGUUCUGAGUCUGAACAACAAUAAGCUCUGGGGAUCUGUGCCCUCCUACCUGCUUCUGCGGCCCAAGCUGCAAAAACUGUGA